AUUCUUAUUGGAAAAAUAUUUAAACAUGGCUAACAACUCAUUAUUCUUAAAAUCAGGUUUCAUCAAAGUUCCAUUGCAAAAUGGAGUUGGUCGCUUUAUUGGACAACUUCAACGUGUUACUAUUAAGUUCUGUAAGAGUCAUGGCAAUUCCAGAGGUGUGAGAGAAUUCAUUGAGAAUGAUUUGGUUGAUUUUGCAAAACAAAAUCCCGGUGUCGUUGUUUAUGUGAAGCCAAGACGGCAUCGUGGUCCUAGUAUUGUUGGUGAAUAUUUGAAUGGUGAGCGAAAUUGGAAGCCAGCAGGUAAUCUAUCGAGAGAAGAAAUAUUCAAAUGGAUCAACUUAAUGACUGUUCAAAAUGGAGAAACCGAAGCGUUUAGAUAUAGAAAGCACAUUCGAACAAAAAUGCCAUCGAUUCAAGGUGUGUGGACACCAUUCACCCACAGAAACUUACCUAAUAACCUCAUCACUUAUCCCAACGAAGAACUCGGCGAAGUUCUUCACAAAGAGCAGACAGCUACUGAAAGACUUUUGGAAAUUGCUAUGCAACAAAACUUAGAAUCAGAUACUUCAAAAGAACAACAGAAAGAUUGAUAAGUUUUGUAAUUUAGAAUAUUCUCAGAUUAAAUAUAGUUGAACUUUAAAAAAUAUC